AUGUAGUGUCCGAAUUGUAUCUAAAACUAUCAAUCAGAAGUCCAUAUCCCAAGAAUUCUGAUUGGAUGUGGUCAUACACUUUGUGAAAAGUGUAUUCUUUCUGGUUUUUCCAUGAGUCAGAAUAGCAAUAGUCAGAAAUUAGCUUUGGAAUGCCCGGAAUGUGGAACUAUAAAUGAAGCUGAAUCAGUCAAUAGUUUCCCUAAAAAUCUAGCUUUACUAAACAUGAAUCCGUAGGUAACGCCAACUUUACAGUAAAAACAGCAAAAUCCAAUCUCAAACAGGUUAAGCAAGAAACCUGUAUUAGGCAGCAAGGAUCUAACAAAAGCAAUGAAAUCACCCAGAAAAGAAGAACCCUUAUGCAACUAGCACAGUAAAAAGCUUGAAGCCUUUUGCUAAAAUGAUAAAAUUACACUUUGCAUUGAUUGUAUCCUGUCGGAUCAGCACAAGACUCAUGAGAUACAUUCAAUUUAGAAAGCUGUUGAAAUUGAAAAAGAAAAUAUCCAAACUAAACACUAACAAAGUCAGGAUCUAUCAUAGUCUUUAUAAGAUUAAAACAAUGAUAUAUUAGGCCACCUUGAUAUGCUAAAUGAGCAGUCAUAGAAGAACACAAUUGAUAUAAAACAAGUAUUUUAGGAGAUCAGAUAGAUUAUUGAAGAAAAAGAGCAGCAAAUACUGCAGAAUAUAUAGAAAAUGCUUUAGAAAGAGGAGUAGUAUUUGAUGGAUAAGCAUUAAUCUAACAAUACUUAAAUCGAUGUGAUCAGCAGCUUUGACAGAGAAUGUAGAAUAAUCCAAGAUGAAGAUGAAAUCAAGAUUCUAAGUAAAAUCAAGCAGAGAUAAGAGAUGAGUGAGAAAUCUCUGUUACAAGUAGGCAAGGUAAGCUUUAAUCAUGUCUUCAGUGAUGUAAAGAGAGAAAAAGAAUUUACAAAUCUCUCAAAAGUAUUCAAAGAUCUCUCAAAUAGUAAGGAUCUAGCAUAAACUGCAAAUUCAGCAAUCAACUCAGCUGUAACAACCAAAUCAUCAUUUUAGUAGAGUGCACCUUAAUCUACAUAAAAUGCUACUGCUAGUUCAAAUUAUAUGCAAGUUACUCACAGUUGGGCAAAUAAAAACAAACCUGGAACUGGUUAAACAAAUAUUUAAUAAAAUAAUCCACCAACUUAAGCAAACAAUCAGAGUAAUCUCAGAGGAGCAAAAGUUGGUACAUCUUCUCUAAGAUCACAAUCGAAAGAUAGGAGAAUGAUACCUUAGAAAAAGAAAAAUGAUAAAGCAGUGGCUGAUAUGACAGGGGGAUCAGGUAGCAGUGGGAGUUACAAUUAAGGAAACUCCUAAAGUAAUAACAAUACUAAUGGUAACAUUGUAUAAACUCCAAGCAGUCAAAAUAAGGGGAAAGUUUAAGAAUUGUACAGGCAAACUAAUAACUAAUCGAAUCUUACCAAGCAAGUAUCCUCUUCUAGUUCUGGUGGGAACUUUGAAGAUUUAGCAAAGGCUUUUAAAACUGGAAAGGAAUAUGCUAUGAAUAGUACUGGUUCAAGCAGUGCAACUAAUAACUCAGCAAGUCAGAAUAAUAUUCAAGUUCUUAGUUAAUAAACCUCAGUGAAAGAAAAGAAAAUUAAUCCUAUACCAAUGCCAGUGCAAUCACAAUCAGCCAGCAAUCUGAAUAAUAAUGUCAGUCCUAGACCCAAGACUACUAGUUGCUAUAUACCAAGAGCCACUAACUAGACCUAAUAGUCCUUGACAAGCCUUGACUAAUAGAACAGCUCUUAAAAAGACUCAAAGCCUUUAGUUAAAAAUACAAAUAAUAAUCAAUCAACAGAGAACCUUCUUUUAAAAGGUAACAAUGUAAUAGGUAAAAAUCAGCCUUAAAGUUUAGCAGAGUUGAGGAAUAAAGUAAAAUCUUAGAAAAAUGAUGCUUUGAAGCAAGCUCUAUAAACUCAAGAGGAAAAUAUUAACAUGCUUUAGAAAUACAAGACUCAGAUUGAUAAUGAGAAGUAGAUUAGCAAGCAAAAUGAAGAGAAUUCAGAUAGGCAGUAUGAUAGCUAAUAGUCGUAGAAAGAUCCUCUAUAGGAGAAAAAAUAAAAGGAGUAGGAAAGAAAACAAGAACUACUAUAGAAAGCCUUAGGCCUAAGUGGAAGUAUCGAAGGCAAGGAAAAUAUGGGGAUAAAGAGUUCGAAGCAAACGUAAAAGAAGAAGUAUUUGAAUCAGCCAGGAGGAGUGGUAACUGCUAAAAAUAACAACUAGAAUCAACUGACCGUCUGUCACGUUGACCUUGUAAAUGACUCCUCUCCAUUCGAUUAUAAUUCAGAUUAAAAGUAGAAUCACGGAGGAUUGGAGAGAACCUAAACUUUUGACAUUUGUAAUGAUAAAAAGCUAAUGAGUGAAGAUCUGUACCCACAGUUGAAUGAACAUGAAAUGAGAGGCAACAUGUCAAUUACUAAGUCCAUAGUAGACUACUAUCAUUCAUACAAGCAUAAUAUAGGUGAAGAUGAUCUAAUGAGUCUAUGCAGAAAUAAUCAACAAUUCAUCUAUGUCAUUUCCGGAUUUUGCGAUGGAUCUUUAGGACAUGUAGAGAGAUUGAAUGUUGAGACCAUGAAAUGGGAGGAAUUAGCUUAAGUUUAAGUACCAAGGACUAAAUUCUGUGUAGUAUAAAGCCCUACACCAGGUGAAUUCUACAUUCUAGGUGGAAAGGAUCAAAAUGGUUAACGAACUGAUGCUAUAGAAUGCUUUAAUUGUCUUGAAAAUAAAUGGUCUCUGUUGACAGAUAUAAAGUUAAGAAAGGCAAGGUCAGGUUUCGCAGCUGUUUCACUUAAAUAUGAGAAUAAGAUAUAUGUGAUAGGUGGAAACGAUGGAAGAGUUUAGAAUAGAGUAGAGAGUUUGAAUUUAACUACCAAGUAAUGGAGUAAGAUACCAAAAAUGAAUAUGAAGAGAGAUGAACUUGCAGCCUGUAUUGGACCAGAUAAUAAAAUCUAUGCGAUCGGAGGAUAUGGUGGUGGUGAUAAUGCUUGCUUAUCAUCGGCUGAAAGAUUUGAUCCUUCCUCUGGCAAAUGGGAAUUAAUAGCUCCAAUGAAGGAAGCUAGAAGAGCUCUGACAGCAGUGGCAUUGCCUGAUGGUAUAUAUGCCAUUGGUGGAUACAAUGGUAAAGAAUAUAUAAAUACAGUGGAGAGAUACGACUUCUUUGCAAAUGAAUGGACAUAAAUUAAGCCUAUGAAUUAGGCUAGAUGCACUCUUGCUGCUGUUGCAUCAAGUGACUGUUAAUAUAUUUAUGCAAUUGGAGGAUUUAACGGUCUUCCACUUAAUGCAAUCGAAAGAUAUGAUAUAACUAAUGAAGAAUGGGAUGAAAAUAUACCUCCUAUGCAACAGAAAAGAUUCAUGCAUUCAUGUAUUAUGGUAAAUCUCUGA